AUGGCAUCCAGUUCGUCCUGGGCCUCCGAAUCGGGCGAUUUCGGCGAAGGUUCCGCUUUGUUUGGGUGUCGCGCAUUUGGCGCGCCCCCGGGCGAUGGCAAGGGAAAUAAAAUAAAAUCAAAUUUAAAUACAAAUAAAAGCGAUGCCGGCAAGAAAAAAAACCACCACAAGAACAGCAACCGGACGAGGCAUCCGAAGGGAGGUCAGCAGACUAAGGAUAAGCAGGACAAGCAGGAAAAAGAACAGGAGCUGGAGAAGGAUACUCCGCCGGAGGAACAGAAUGCACCCUUUCGCAUCGCCCACUCGGAGGUAUUUGGUCGCUAUUUGGAGGCCAGUCGCCCGUUGGAAGCUGGUGAGAUGCUCAUCCGCGAGGAACCGCUGGCCAUUGGACCCUGUGUGAGCGGGGAUCCGGUCUGCUUGGGCUGCUAUCGCCCGGUGAGCCUGGACAAAGUACAGUACCGCUGUCCGCGAUGUGCCUGGCCACUCUGCGACGCCAGCUGCGCGGGCAUCAAACACAGACACGGUCACACCGAAGCCGAGUGUCAACUGUACGCGGAUCGACGGGCGGUCGCCGGCGAACUGCUGACGGAGCGCGCCGGUCCGGCGGAAGUGCGCGACUUGUACGAACUGGUGAUGAUCGUGCGCAUCCUGCUGCUGCGCCAGCACGAUCCGGAGCAGUUCGCUCUGAUCGCCCGCAUGGAAUCGCACACGGAGGAGCGGCGCCAAAACGAGGCACUCUGGCAACACUACGAAAAGAAGGUGGUGCAAAGGCUGCGCGUCACGUGGCAGCUGGAGGAUUUGGCGGAGGAGCAGGUGCACGAAGUGUGCGGAAUAUUGGACGUUAACUGUUUUGAGAUCGGACAGAACGGGGCCAAGGCGCGGACGCUAUAUCCGAGCGCCUUCCUGCUCGCGCACGACUGCACACCGAACACGGCGCACACCGAUGACCCCGUGACCUUUGAGAUCCUGCUGCGCACCUCGCGGCGCGUGCGCGAGCGGGAAGCGCUGACGCUCAGCUAUGCGUACACGCUGCAGGGCACGCUCAAGCGGCGCGCCUUCAUGCACGAGGGCAAGCUCUUCUGGUGCCGCUGCCACCGCUGCUCCGAUCCAUUCGAACUGGGCACCGAUUGCAGUGCCUUCGUGUGUGCGAAAUGCAGGACGGGAUCGGUGCGGGCGAAGGACCCGCUGGAGCAAACUGGCGACUGGGCCUGUGAUCGCUGCUCGCACCGAAUCGGAGCCAAGGACUUGGAGCGCCAACUGGAUCGAAUAAACGACGACCUGGAAGCCAUCGACGUGCACGACAUUCCCGGACUGGAGAACUUUCUCCUACGAUAUCGGGAUGUCCUGCGACCGAACCACUAUCUCCUGCUCUCUGCCAAAUAUUCGUUAUGCCAGAUUUACGGACGGAUCGAGGGAUAUCUCCUGCCCCAAAUGUCGCCAGAGGAUAUUGCCCGCAAGGAGAGCUACUGCCGGGAGUUCCUGGAGAUCGUCGAUGUCCUCGAUCCGGGACUCACGCGCUUAAGAGGACUCAUCAUGUACGAACUGCAUGCCCCUGUGAUGGUUUUGGCGCAGUCGGCCAUCCAGAGUGGACAGAUCUCACGGCAGGAGUUCCAGCGGAGGCUCAAGGAGGUGGUCAAGCUGCUCCAGGUCAGCCGGGACAUCCUCUGCCUGGAGCCCCAAGGAUCCACGGAGCACGAAAUGGGACUCGCGGCAGCCGAUGCCCUCAGCAAAAUGGGCUGCUAGCCAUUAAACUAUUGUAAAUGAACUGCGUUUCCCCCACCCCACAGUAAAAUGUAUCUCAAAGUAAAAAUAGCAGAUAGUCUAUGUAUUUUCAUUGUU